UGACAGAUUCCUAUGGCUUGGCAUACAACUUAACCAAGAUUCCAACCAGUACAAAAGGAUAUACUCUUGGAGCCAGAACAGCUAUGAGGUUUAAGCCAGUCAACAAGGAAUUGACACUUCACCCAGGCAAGUACCAGAGAGUAGAAAAUUGGAAGGAAAAAACAAAGCAAAGUUUUGUUCCAUUUAAUGCCUUGAUGCCUCGAUUUCAGAGCUAUACAAAAGACAAUUUCCCUGGGCCUGGUACAUACAAUCCAGAGAAAAAGCCAUUCCCAAAAAUUACUUGGCCAAUGAAAUUUGGAUCUCCAGAUUGGGCUCAGGUUCCAAGUCUACAGAAAAGAACUCUAAAAGCUGAGCUGUCCACAGACAAAGAAUUUAGAAAGCAUCGGAACCGAGUUGCUUACUUAAGCCUGUUUUACGAUUGAGCAGUGAUCACUUCCUUCACAUGCUUCUCCUGAUCACAGACUCUUCAGAAUAGAGGACAGAGCUGCUCUUGGUCUGCAUCACCACGGCCCUCAUGUCUUUCAGCCCUGGGCCCAGAACGUGUUAAGGGCCUCACAACUGAGAUUUCUGAGCAUAAAAACUGGUUCCAAGUG